AUAACAAAAAACGAGGUUUUCAACUUGUCGUUGAGCAGUAGAAAAGUAGAUGCUGAGUCGAGUUAAUAGCAGUAGUUGGUGGGGAAUUGUCAGUAGUGGAGUAUUAUUAUUUAAGUCUCUCAAGAAGUAAUAAGUGCGGUUGUUAGAUACAUAUCCUCGUGUUGUGAAGAGCUUUUGCGUUACGUCGUGCCAAUCAAAGUUUUAGCAAACAGCAUUUUAUGCAGAAGCAGCGGCAGCAAUAAUACUGCUCAUCGUCGUCACUAGUAAAUAUUUUAUUUCUGAAAUAAAACAAGAGGAGCAGGGUGUGUUUCAACAAAAAUUUAGUCGUGGUUAGAGUUGCCAGCUAAAAAUUUUGAAUUUUUUCACUUGUGUCGGACACGAAAUACUAAAAUGUGAACGUACUUAAAUUCACUACUACUGGUGGAUCUCACCCUCCAUCCUUUAUUAAGAAUGGAACGAGGGAGAGUGGUAAAUAGAGACUUAUUGAUAUCAGGGGUCCAGAUCCGUCGCUUACUUAUUUGUGGAUUCACCAUCACCAUCACCAAUGCCAGCAAUAAUAACCAAAUGAAUAAAUUGGAUGAUUAUCCCUGAACCGAACAAUCAAUAAAGGAGUAAGUAACCAAGUCGUUUCUAAUCGAUUUUCGAGUGUGAAGGAGCCUGUCUGUCAGUUACACAUGAUGCCUAAAGGAAAUGGAUGUAACCAUUUUUGACUGGAAUUGCUCUCUCUGCAUUUUUCAAGAAAAUUGGCAGCUUGCCAACCCCUCCAGUUGGACGAAGGAGGCAACCACUCCAGGAAACGGAGUCACCAUUCAGCAGUAGAGUCGUCUCAGUAGUCAGUCUCAUCGUGCAUGGUGGCAGUGGUGUCAAACGCCACUUGUAAUUGUCUUAAUCAGCGCAUGAAUAGGAAAACAUGAGCACUCGGUUUGCAAUUCAACUCCUGUUGACGCCAAGUAAUGGUAUUUACAGUGUAUCGUGUCUGUUCCCUAGUAGUAGUAGUCAAGGCAAGAAGAAAAAACGUUUCCGUGGAGUGUUGAAAGAUACCCGAACAACGAGUAUCGAACUAUUAUUGCUAGUUCCAGAGGAGGAGGAGGAGGAGGAGAAUAUUGUGCUUUAAACUAUCGUCAUUGUCGUGUCUUUAAAAAAGUGCUGCCUUAGCUUGGUAUUGCAUAUUAAUGACUAAUCAGAGGUGGUGCGAGAAAGUUCCUCGUUCACCUACCCACUGCUACCUACACCCUCAGUGAACAAUAUGGAAGACAGCUAGUGAACUGUAGACAUUCUUUGGAGAAGAAGAAGAAGAGAACAGUAAUUAAGUGAAAUCGCCUGCAUACACGUUUUUCAUACGAUAAUGAGAAGAAGACUCCUCUGGUUCGAAAUGCUGCCCCAAAAUUUGGGUACCUUCGCGAUGACGAGUUGCUACACAGCAUUCCUCCUGAUUGUUCUCGGACCCAGUGUUUUACUCCGAGUGGGAGGUUCAGUCGUCAAGUUUGAAAAUAGUGUGGCCUUGGACUACGUAAGUCUUUCUGGAAGUCAGGCCCGUCUUGUGGGAGGAGACAGCGAAAAUGAGGCAAAUGCGACCAACUGGGUCGUCGGGGGUGUCACCGAGUGCUCCAAGUUGCCAGCAGGAUGCUCAUGUUUGAAUAAUCGGGCGUCUAAACUAUCUUCAGUUAUUUGCACAUGUCGUGAUCCGAAUGAGGUUGUGAAUCUCAACGAGGCUGGAUUCCUGAGGAGGCAGUUUGAGUCAUUGACUUGGGAAAUUAAAGGAUGUUCCAAGGUUGUCGUGAAACAAAACUUUCUCUCCGCAAUUUUCAACAGUGGGAACAAGUUGAAGCUGUAUCUCAAGUUUAGUGACGUGCCUAAUCUCGUAAUCCACGAAGCUGCUUUCACCGUGACAGACUCGGGCAGCUUUUCACACGAGACCACAGUGGAAUUCAACAAUUGUGACAUUGCCACAGUUCCGCCCAAAGCAUUUCCGUCGUAUCUCAGCCUAUUGAAGUUCGACAACUGCAGAAUAGGAACGCUAUCGUCUCGAUUUAUCCAAUCUCUCAAAAUUGAUAUCAUUUCCAUCGUGGGCUCCACCAUUCUUGACGUGCAGCCGGAUGCCUUCUAUCAACGUGCGAUGAUUAACUCUCUCCUUGCUCAUAACUCGACUUUCAAACAGAUCCAGAGAGAUGCAGUGGCGUCAGGUAUUCAACACUUGAACUGGACUGGCUGCACGAUUGGCAGCGUCGAAGAGCAUGGAAUCAGCGGUCUCAUUGCGAACGUUUAUCUGGAGCAAUGUACCUUAUCAAAUAUCAAGUCACAAGGAUUUUAUGUUAAGACAUGGAGCGUUAUGAAUUUUGUGAAUAAUAGUUUUAACAAAGUGAGCCAUCGGGGUAUUGAUUUGACCCAAUUGGGCACGAAUGGUGGGGAGACGUCGGCUUAUCUCGUGGGCAACUCUUGGGGAGAAGUGACCAAGGACUUUGUCGUGACCGGGAUGGGAGAACUGCCUUUCGUCACUGUAAAAAAUAACACUUUCCUCCAAGCCUGCACUUGUGGAUCUACAUUUGUGUCCGUACUUUCCCUCAAUGAGUCAAAAUCCUGGUUCCUCGACGAACUCCUAGAGUCCAGCCAAUGUCCCCUGGAGGAGAAAGACAAGGGUUGCUUCAUCUCUGAAAAUGGGACCAUGGAUGGCUACGUGUCCUACAGUGAACUCCAUAUUCUGUGCUCCUCUGAUAUGUACAUGUGCACAAGUGAUGUGAAUGAAAUGCACGUAAAUCCGAAACUGCCAAACCGUCUGCAACUCUUGGCCUUUUUUAUUGGAGCCUUUGUGCUUUUUAUGGUCGUCUCCCUCCUGUUAACCCUGAUGGUUUAUAUGAUACGGAAACAACGCCCUAGGAAGCAGGAUAACGGUGGCGAUCUUGCAAAUGACAUUCCACGCAAAGAAUUUGUCAGAUCUUUGAACCCUGACGGACCGUACGGACCACCUGUCCCACCAAACAGUAAGAUGACCAAGACUCCUUCAAUGCCUAGCCGAAUCGCCCUCUUGGAGGAUGUCGAAAUGGAGGACAAGGGCGUUCAAACUCUCCCCACAGAGCUAAGUGCUGAUAUUAUUGAAGGUCUGAGAGAAAAAUUGUCUAAACCAGACUCCUUCUGGGACGCAAAGGAGACAAUCGACCAUUUAUACGACUUGAUCCAUGUUCGCGACCAAGUCCCCAUUUCUAGUCCUCCCGACGUAACCUGCAACGAUAACAGGGGUGGUAGUGACGGGUUGGAACCCAGCGUUCGAAAUACAAAUACCGCAUCAACCGACUCCCUCAAACCACUCGUCACACCGAGACGAAACAUAAAAGUCCAACAGCCAGUCCCAGUCGACCGAUCUUCUCAACGUCGCUCCAUGUCCACUUUUGCUCAACUAACGCCUUCUCCAACCAAGACUGUCGGUGUGGGUCCAAGCAACUCUAAUUCCCAUAUUUACUCAGAGCUGAGUGCGGUGCAGAGAGAAAGACGCAACUUGGCAGCGACAUCGCCCACAACGUCGUCGCCACCACCCCUGCCAACCUCGUCUCCUCCAAGGUUGUGCGACUAUACGGAUCCUCGCGACUUUCAGACACAUAUUUACGCCGAACUAAUGUGCGCUGCAGCAAGGAAUCCAGACCUUUCUCCUUACAGUGCGAGACAACAGCUCAGCACCAACAGCAGCGACAACAAUCCCGUUAUUUUUGGAGAUAAUUACGAAAGCCAGGCUCACCCCACAACUUCAUCUGUGAUACUCAACAACUCGCCUCAACACACCAAUAAUCUGAACGGCUUGAAUUUUGAGGACGAUAACAGCUCUUGUUCCGUCACCACUACCACCGGACCCUCAUGUCAUUCACCAUCCCGUGGUCCAAAUAACCUCCCCCCUGACUCCAGUAACGUCGCUGGGAAUAGUUCACAAAAUAAGCGACCACUGCCUUCCAUUCCUCCCAAACCUGUUUCUUCUACUUCCCAGAAGUAAUAAAGUAUUUAACAAGGAUCGGAUCGAGAUCAACUUGCCUCACCACUUUUAUUGCUACUACUUGUCGUUAUAAAAUAUUAUUGUGCUUUGUCGUGCUUAUUCUAAGUUGCCUGUUUAAUUCCUAAUUUGGUCGCAAAAACUUUGUCACAUGAUAACCAGCCAGCACACAGACUUACUUAUGUAUUUUUAAGAGUUUAUAUCGUGAGUGACCCAGCCAGCCAAAAAAUUAAAUGCUAUCUUCUUCGCAUAUCACAAUCAAAUAAAUUAGUUUUCUGAUUAAGACUAUUUAACGACUCACUUCUGUACUUUUCGUCAUGACAUGAGCUUCACAUUUGUAACAUGUCUCAACCGUUGUUAUUGUUCCAACACGUCCCCUUGUAGCCUAUACCUCAAAUAAGCAAUGAAUUUUUGCGAGUACUGAUUUAAACUGGGACUCGUGGUGGAUUGAUAUACAUUAUUAUAUAAAAAUAUCAUUUUAUGAAUUGUCCUCUCGUACGUCAUUAAAUCUACGCUUUACGGAUUAUAGAAUAGUUUAUGUAAUGCCAAAACCAUUCGUUUCAGAUAAUCGUGUCGUUCUGAUUACGUUUUUCAGCGCUUCCAAAAAAAUUUGCACUGUAUGAUUCACGAGAAAUGUAUAUGUACCGUUUAACGUUAUUAUCUAUGUACGUAAUAGUAUAUGAACUAUUUUGUAUGGAAAUAUAUUAGUCAGGUAAUAAAUUAUAGUACGUAUCCAAGUGUCAGACAAAAUAAAUAAAACAAUUUUAAUGGAGUAAAAAAUAA